AUGUUAGCUUUGGUUGCUCAGGAUAGUUUUGUCAGAGUGCGGAAAAGAGAUUUAGAGAAGUUAACCACAGAAGUCAUGCAGCUCAGAGAGUUCCUGCCUCGAGUUCUGAACGGGGAACUGAUUCAAAUGCUGCAAAAAGCCCGAACAAGUCAGACAAUGAAGGAGCAUCUUGUGCAGGAACAAGAGCAGCUGCGACAGGAGUGUCUUCACCUUCAGUCCCGGCUGGAUGCAGUACAGACUGAAUGUCAGAGAGAGAGGGAGGACAAGCUGUUGUUGCGUGAGCAGCUGUGGCAGAGUGGAACUGAGCUGCAGCAGCAGGCCGACUUCUGCUCCGGUCUGGGAUCUGCAGCCUGCAGUCUGCUGUGGAGCUGCUCUGCCAGAGAGGACACGGUCACGCUGUGGCUGGCUGAUGGGAAGCUGCAGUCCUUCCUGACUGUAGCUGCUCAGACUCUAGAGAGCUUUGUUAGCUCUCUGGAUGAAGAGAUGAAGACUCAAACUGAGGACCACAACUCCCAUGAGCACCAGUUUGUGUUGGCGCUGGCUGGGACCAUUACUAACAUAGCAGCAGUGGCUUGUGGGCGGGACUUGCUGUCCAGCUCAGCACACGUCUUACUGGACACUCUGAUGAAACUUCUGGAGCUGAUGAAGCCUGGAGUCUUCCCCAAACUCAAAGUGCUGAUGCUGAUGGCUCUUUACAAUGUGAGUAUCAAUGUCAAAGGACUGAAGUACAUCAGUGGGAACCAGGGACUGAUGCCUCUCAUCUGGACCCUGCUGGAUGAUGGACACUGGGAGGUGUGUCUCCACUCCCUGCGUCUCCUGCAGUCGGUGAUGUUGGAGGACGACGUGCUGCUGAUGUUGAGCUCCUCUCUGCUGGAUCCAGACCUUCACGCUCGUGUCAUCUGGCUCACCUCCAGUGCGCAGCCCAGCCUCAGACUGGCUGCCCAGCAGACGAUGGAUGACCUGAAGGCCUUACAGCAGGGCCGGGGAAGUAAACAGAACAGUGUCUGACGCAGAUCCUUCAUCAUCAGUCCAGUCCUCCUCAUGUUAAACUCUCCUCAUGUAAUGCUGGACCGUUCUGUGUUUGUGCUCCAUGUGCAGUGAGAAGAAAAGGGAGAGAGGAAAGUUUCCAAGUUUUCUAUGUCUAAACUUUUGUAACCUUUUUUACCAGCAUUGUUCACUGUUUAAAUUCUGAUUUGUUCAUAGUAUCGUGUUUUGCUACCGUCUUACAUACAGGUUUGUUUACACACAUUAAAUUGGAUGUUUGCA